GCGGGCGAGCGGCCGUGAGCGGAGUGGCCCUGGGACGUGGUGGACGGACGCACGGCGAGCUGAGAACCGAGAGCCGAGACGUGGAGACCCGGGUUCGAUCCCCCGUCCUUCCCCAGCCGGCAAUCUGGACCCGGCAUGGAAACGCCCUUCUACCAUGACGAUACCUUGAGCACGGUGUACAGCAUGAAGAAGAGCUUGAGCUUGCCCGUGUCCGACAACGGCCUCAAGAGCCAGCGAGACGCCGAAGCUCCGCUCAACUCGCCCGACCUGAGCUUCCUCAAGCUCGCCUCCCCCGACCUCGAACGCCUCAUCAUCCAGUCGAGCGGCUUGGUGACCACCAGCCCCGGGCCGGGGCAGAACCUCUUCCCCCGCAGCGUGACCGACGAGCAGAACUCGUUCGCCGAGGGUUUCGUCAAAGCCCUGGAGGAUCUCCACAAACAGAACCAGCUGAACGGCCCGCCUGGCCCGCAGGCUCCGCUCCCUGCCCCCGGCGGUCCGGCUUCGGGAGCCGGAGGCAACUCUGGCGGGUUGCCACACCCCGAGCCCCCCGUCUACACCAACCUCAGCCCGUUCAGCGGGACUCCGGGUCCGGCGCCGGCCGUCAGCUACAGCCCGGAGCCGCCCGCCAUCUCCUACCCACCGCUCGGCCACCAUCUGUGCCCGCAGGGCCGGCUCCAAGCCCCCAAGGACGAGCCGCAGACCGUGCCCGACGUGUCGGGUCUCGGCGACACCCCGCCCGUCUCGCCCAUCGACAUGGACACACAGGAGCGCAUCAAGGCGGAGAGGAAGCGCCUGCGGAACCGCAUCGCCGCCUCCAAGUGCAGGAAACGCAAGCUGGAGCGCAUCUCCCGGCUGGAGGACAAAGUGAAGGGACUCAAGUGCCAGAACUCGGAGCUAGCCUCCACCGCCAGCCUGCUGCGGGAGCAGGUGGCCCAGCUCAAACAGAAGGUGUUGACCCAUGUCAACAGCGGCUGCCAGUUGCUACUGAGUCCGCAGGUUCAAGCUUACUAGCCCCAGGUCUGGCACACCUUCUACCCCGUGGACCAUCCGAGGAACCCUUCCGCCCCCCCCUCCCCGCCUCGGGUCCUUGCCCGAAACCCGGGACAGGACACCACACGCAAGCCAUCAGAGGAACCCUCGUUUUGAACCCUUCAAGAUGCCUGGGGGACAAUCCAGUCCGCGACUAUCUGUUAACCGGGUGAAAGCCCAUUAGACUUGUGGAGCACGUCUCCCUGGGUUCUGUGCAUUCGCCUCCCGUGUGGGCCAUCUAUAAGUCCCCCAGAUCCAUGGUUUGCCUCGCCUGACCAACAUGACUGAAGGGGUGUGGACCAUGCCUCCUGUUUUACCACCACUGAAGUUGAGUUGGAAGAACUCUUGGAUAGUGCUGUCUGAGGGGACAGAUCAAUAUUGACUUACAUUGACAGUAACUUGAUUGAGUUCAAUUGACCAAAAGCCAAUAGAUGUGUCUGGCACUGCAUGUCUGAGUCCCUGUUCCACGCGCUCAGUGUGUUGGUCUCUGCUGUUUGUCGAAAGCUGAUGCAUGGACUAUAGCUGUGGCCUUCAACCACCCGCAGACUCUUAACAUCAGAUGCCUGCUCGUUUUGUGCAGUGUUCGUGUUUGCAUUCAGGUGCAAACUUUUAUAAAUAAUUGUAAAUAAGCAUAUGACUCUGUUACAAUAUUGUUCGAAUGUAUGUUUUUACCAAUUGAAAGAUAAUCUAUUUAUAUACAGUAAUGGGAACAGUCUGAUUAGAUUCCUGGUUGCUAUACAUUCCGAUAUGUAUUGCCACAAUGUGAUUUUUUUGAAUAAAAGUAUUUUAUGUCUAAGA